AUGGCCCCGCUGGAACCAGGUAACAGGAAACGGGAAGCGCCCGCUCCCCCGGAGGCCGCCGCGGGCUCGUCGUCGCCGGGCUCGGCGGCGGUGGACGCAGACGGCCCGCAGCCGCCCAAGAAGCCCAGGCGGAUGGUGGUGCGGCGCUCAAUGGUGGACUACCUGAAGGGGCGCGAGGUGGGCGCGCGGGGCGGCACCGGGUUCCCGGGCUUCGAUAGCGAGCUGCGUGGCUUCGCGGUGCGGAAGCUGCCAGAGCUGCUGCGGGAGCGCGAGCUGUCUUUGGGUACCGUCGACAAAGUGUUCGCGUCGCAGUGGCUGAGCGCCAGGCAGGUGGUGUGCGGUACCAAGUGCAACACGCUCUUCGUGGCGGACGUGCAGUCGGGCCGCAUAACGCACAUCCCCCUCAUGCGAGAUCGUCGGCCUCCGCCGGCCCGCGCCCAGCCGGGCUGCGGCAUCCAUGCCAUCCAGCUGAAUCCCUCCAAGACGCUGCUGGCCACCGGGGGCGAGAACCCCAACAGCCUGGCCAUCUACCGGUUGCCAACGCUGGAUCCCCUGUGCCUGGGCGACCGCCACGGCCACAAGGACUGGAUCUUCUCCCUCGCCUGGAUGAGCGACACGGUGGUGGUGAGCGGCUCCCGCGACGGCACCUUGGGCGUCUGGAAGAUAGACCCUGAAGUAUUCCGGAGCACCAUCGCCUGGCACAGCGAUGCAGGGGUCCCCAUGUAUGCCCACAUCCGUCCCGCUGAAGUGGAGGAUGUCCCCAGGGCCGGAACCAACCCAGGUAACUGCAAGGUGCGUGCCGUCGCCUUCAGCGCCGAGAGGCAGGAGCUGGGAGCCGUGACCAUGGAUGGCUACUUCCACCUGUGGAAAGCCCGAAAUACCCUGUCCAGGCUGCUGUCCAUUAGGCUGCCUUACUGCCGAGAGAAUGUGUGCCUGACCUACUGCAAUGAGGUGUCCCUGUAUGCGGUGGGCUCCCAGUCCCACGUCUCUUUCCUGGAUCUGCGCCAGGGUCACCAGAGCGUUCGGCACCUGUGCUCCCGCGAGGGCGGCACGGGUGUGCGUUCCCUGAGCUUCUAUGAGCACAUCAUCACCGUGGGCACCGGCCACGGCUCUCUGCUCUUCUAUGACGUCCGCGCCCAGAAGUUCCUGGAGGAGAAGAUCUCGGUCAGCCCGUACUCCUCUCCGCGGUCCACAGGAAGGAGGUUCAGGCUGAUUUGUGGCAGAGGCUGGCUCAGCCAAGAUGACCUGCAUAUGAACUACUUCGGUGCCUUAGGUGAGUUGCCCAAUGCGGUCUACACUCACUGCUACAACUGGCCGGAGAUGAAGCUCUUCGUCGCUGGCGGCCCUCUCCCUUCAGGCCUCCGUGGGAACUACGCAGGCCUCUGGAGCUAA